AUGCAUUUAAGUACACUUAAAAGCACUACUGCUUCUGAUUUGGACAUUGAUGUGUCCAAACACAAAGUGUAUAGGGCUAAGAGGAAAGCAUUAGAGAUGAUUGAAGGAAAUGAAGAAGAGCAAUAUGAAAAAAUGAGAGAUUACUGCAGUUUAAUCUUGAGAAGUAACCCUGGCAGUAUUGUUAAAUUGCAAACUGAGCCCACUGGUGUUAAGAAUGAGAGAAGGUUUAUGAGAGUAUUUAUCUGUUAUGAUGCAAUGAAAACUGGUUUUAAAGAAGGUUGUAGGCCUCUUAUUAGUGUGGAUGGUUGCUUCCUAAAGGGACCAUAUGGUGGCCACUUUUUGAGUGCAGUGGCCAAUGAUGGAAAUGGACAGAUGUUUCCAGUGGCAAUUGCAGUAGUGGAGUCUGAGAUAAGAGAUUCUUGGGAAUGGUUUAUGGGAGAAUUGAUGGAUGCUAUAGGACCUUACCAAGAUAUAACUUUUAUAUCAGAUAGACAAAAGGGUUUAGUAGAAACCUUUGAGAACAUGAUGGAAGGGUCAGACCAUAGAUUUUGUGUAAGGCAUCUGUAUGAGAAUUUCAAACUUAGGUUCAAAGGACAGCAGCUAAAAAUAGAGUUAUGGGAGGCAGCAAGGGCAUAUACUGAAGCAAACGUUGAACAACAUAUGAGGAAAAUAAGGGACUUAAAUGUGGAAGCUUAUGAGUGGUUGAGGAAGGUACCAGCUAUUUUAUGGUCAAUGUCAGGCUUUACCCAAACUUCAAAAUGUGAUAUGGUCAUCAACAACAUAUGUGAAAGUUGGAAUGUAGUUAUUGUUGAUGCAAGAGAUAAGCCAAUAAUAUACAUGCUAGAAUGGAUUAGGAGGCAUCUAAUGUUAAGGUUUCAAUGCAAGAGAGAAUGGAUGUCAUUACAACAAGGCUUGUUAUGUCCAGAAAUUCAAAAGAAUCUCAACAAAGUGAAACACCAAGCUAGAAUAUGUAAGGUGCAUUAUGCUAGUGAUCAAAAGUAUGAGGUUGAAUGCUAUGGAAUAAGUGAAGCAGUUGACAUUGAGAAGAAAUCUUACAGUUGUAGGGUGUGGAAUUUAACUGGCAUCCCCUAUAGACAUGCUGUAGCAUGCACCUUUAUGAAGAGGGAAGCUCCUGAGGUAUAUGUUCACCUAUACUAUCACAGAGAAACCUACCUCAAGUCCUAUGCUGGUUUAAUCCUACCCAGUCCAAUGGGAAGGUUGAUGAAAAUAGACCCCAUUCAACCACUGCUUCUACCACACUAUAGGAAGCCCACUGGUAGGCCAAAGAAGGCUAGGAAUAAGAAGAAUGAUGAACCCAAGGGUGGAGCCAAACUUAGUAGGUCUAAGGAAAAUUUGAAAUGUUCAAGGUGUAAGGAGAAUGGCCAUAAUAUAAGGAUCUGCAAAGCACCUGAGCCAUUGGUGAUUGACAAACCUCCUCCAAGAAGGGGAGGUAGACCACCCAUUCUUGGAAGGGGAAGACCAAGAGUACCUGAAGGCAUGACAGGUAGAGGAAGAGGAAGAAUGGGAAGAAAAGGGAGAGCUAGAGGAAUUGAAAUUCCACCUCCAGUACCUUCAAACCAAGAGUGGUUUUUGUCACUCCAAGUUGCUAUUGGAUGUUGUUUUGUUGCUGCUAUGGCUCAUGCUGACUUUUUGGUUACUGUAUAUGCUAAUGGGAUAGGAGAGCUUUAG